ACAAUUUCAGUCACAAUAUUGAUAUUGAAUAAAGAAAGAUCAUACAAAAUGAAACAAAAAAUGAUUUCGUCUCUUUCCAUUUUAUUGGCGUUGUUCGGUUUGUCAGUGGGUGCUGCUGUAAAUCCAAGUAAUAAAGCUGCAGGAUGUGUUAUUAAUGGAGUGCAAGAAGAUGAUUUUCUUAUGGAGUAUGUUAAUUCUCCAAUUAGGGAUGAUUUCAGUGGUGUAGUUGCUAAUUUCUCAACUCAGGGCGUAUCCGGUGUGAAACUUAGCGGCUCAAAGUAUUUUAGUGCCAGUCUGGUUUCGAAUGUUUUACAAAUCGUUACAACAAAUGAAUUCAAGAAUAUAGAACCUGCAAUAGGAUAUGCUCCUAUACCUGCGAUCAAAUUCCAGUUAAAUUUGCAAUGUGCAUCAGGAAAUGCGAAUCUUAGAUUUACACAGCCUCUUAGAGACAUCAACAACCACGACCCUGUCUUCAGUAAAAGCAGUUUAGAGUAUGUUUAUGUACAAGAUUAUUUACCAAUUUAUCAUCAGUUAACUGACGAUCAGAAUUUGAGUGUAUCUGAUAUUGAUAUGACUAACUAUCGAGUAGCACUUGCUUUCGUUGGAAACAACAAUUUUACUGCAAACGGAUCGUCAACCGAUCCUGCAACAAGACAGACACGUAUCAGGAUAACUAGUCUAAGGAAUAUCAAAGCACCAGCAAGCAUAAAACUAAACCUAACUGCUAGUGACGUUAGAAGACCACUUCGCACCGCUUACGCAGAUAUAAACGUGCAUGUACUUCUUAAAAGUAACGGAUCAGUACCAGUUCCGGCAUUUUCAAAUGAUUCAUAUGUGGUCAGUCACAAAAAUGGCGAGCUCAUUUUUAACCAAGAAAUUCGUUUAGCAAAGGGAAAUGGAUAUUUGGCAAACAUCAAACAAAUUGGUUACGAAGACUACUUCAAAGUGAGUUUCGCAAAUAGGGCCGAAGGAGUAUUGAAAGUAGAUCUAUUAAAACCCAUAUCUCAUUUAUCAGAAACAAAAAACAGCAAUGUUCAAUUUGAAGUACAACUGUUAAAUGAAGGUUCAUCUCAACCUGCUGUUACCAAAGUCACAGUCAAUUUUCCUCAAGAUUGAAAGAAUUCGAGCGAUGAAAAAAAACACAUACACAUACAAUAAAUAUUAUAGAUUAUAAAA